AUGUCUUUCAUUGCCAGCUCAGACCAAAUCGCCGCUUUCAAGCAACGCUGUGCAAACCCAAGCUACUCACAAGACGCUAUCGGUGUCGAGUUUACAACGACGACGGAAUUCAUCAGCUCCGUGCUCCCCCCAACCUUGGAGCCGGCAGACAAACCGACGGGCUUGAUUAGUGUUUCGCUGUGUCAAAGUAACGUCUGCGGCAGCUUUGAGCUCUCUUCCAUCUCGGUGCGUUGUCGAUGUGACGGCGUCGAAGGAUAUUGGGUGCUGCACCUCAUCGUGAGCGAGUCAGCAGCCAUUACGUGGGGGAGAGAAACCUGGGGCGAGGUCAAGAGGGAUGGGAAAGCUCGGCUGCACAGCUGUGGAACACUUAAGUCGGCCUUCGCAGAGAGGCUUGGGGUAAGGCUCAUAGAGAUCGAAGCAGACUUCACCACGCCCCUCGAGCCUGAGCAGGUCGAGUGGUUUGACUUUGAGGUCAAAGCUUUUCCGAAUGCGCAAGGCACGGGACUUGACGCCGAUCCUAACUUGAUUGCCCUCAAAGUUGUCGACAGUAACAACGUCCGAGCCUCCGGCAAGGGAAGGCUCACCAUCAGGGGCACUCAAAGCGACCCGCUUCACACCAUUCCCAUCAAGGCGGUAGGCGACUUCUUUUACAACAGCGGCCCGUCCGACUGGAUGUUCGUCUCCCAGCGCCGACUGUGCUCGGCUGAUGAAUACAUGCCCUACUACGUCUUUCGACACUAUGGCAAUCUCGUUGAUCUGCUCGUCGGGGUUGGAUUGAAUCCUAUCCAGAUGGCAGGGGAACUUGAGGAGGGGCUACAGUUUACGCGGGCUCGUACUUGGGUUAGUGCAAAUACUGAGGAGUCAGAUAGGACUUUAUAG